UUUACGCUAACUCACCACACUGACACGUGAGUUAAUGCUAGUUAGCACAAGUUAACGAACGAAGCUCAACGCUAGCAUGCUAACCUUGUAGUUGAAGUGCAGCUGCUGCAGCUGAGAACUGAUCCGGUUCUUCUCAUCCAGGAAAGAGGAUCGAUCACAGACCAGCACAGACCGCAGAGCGUGAGACACAUCCACAGACAUCUUCCCCCGAGCAACCGACACAAGAGCUAACGGCUAGUUAGCUUCCACUAAACAACAACAAGGGCUAACGGAUACCAUGCGACACGACAAGAGGACUUUUCAAGUUAAAAGCUGCUUGCUGAUUUUAAGGCCAAAGUAAACGAACGGUCAGUUAAACAUGUCCGUUAAACGAUGAAUGUUUUAAAUCAGAUUAAACCAACAGCAAAGGAAACCACUGAACUUUGUGUCAUUUCUUAGUUUCGUGUAGUUCAACUGUGAGACUCUGCACAGUUACCGGAAGUUCCACCCACUUUACUCGCCGUAGUCAGUUGUUCAAACCCGGAAGUGAAGCGGCGAACACGCUGCUCUGGUUUUCGGAUCAACUCGGAUCCGAACAGUUCGUGCUUGUGGUCUUACCUGUGCAGUGUGACGUCAUGUCGGCGGUCGGGUGUGUAUCUGGACAGUUUGAUGACGCAGAGGAGAACAGCGACCAAUCCGAGCUGUCUGCUGUACGGACUGAGGUCAGUGAUGUCACUCUGCAGCCGCCACAUCAACAGGAGGAGGAAGAGGAGGAGGACUAUGAUGAGGAUGAUGAAGAUGAAGAUGAAGAGUGGGCAUGGCACUCAGGAAAUCUGACCAAGAGAUACAACAGGAUGUCUCUCAACUGUCAGUCCAACAGACAGAAUCCGUCCAAUAAGAUGCUGCCGUCGUCGACGCCUUCGGACAAAGCUCUAAGGAAAUACGAGCACAAGAUCAACCUGGGUGAUUUGAUUGGUUAUCCUGAUAAACUGAACUACGCAGACUCGGUGAUCAACAAAGUGACGAUGAUGCAGAAACAGAAAGACGCUAACACGUACAGAGUGAAGGACAAAUCAGAUCGAGCCACAGUCGAACAGGUUCUAGAUCCACGGACUCGGAUGAUUCUGUUCAAGAUGCUGAGUCGUGGAGCGAUCUGUGAGAUCAGCGGCUGCAUCAGCACCGGGAAGGAGGCGAACGUUUAUCACGCCAGCACGUCGGCCGGAGAACGCCGCGCCAUCAAGAUCUACAAGACGUCCAUCCUGCUGUUCAAAGACCGAGACAAAUACGUCAGUGGAGAGUUCAGGUUCCGUCACGGUUACUGCAAAGGGAACCCCAGGAAGAUGGUGAGGACCUGGGCAGAGAAGGAGAUGAGGAACCUCAUCAGGCUGCAGACGGCAGGAAUCCCGAGUCCAGAACCUCUGCUGCUCAGAAGUCACGUGCUGCUGAUGAGCUUCAUUGGAAAAGACGACAUGCCGGCUCCUCUGCUGAAGAACGCUUCGUUUUCGGAGUCGAAGGCUCGUGAGCUCUACCUGCAGGUUCUACAGAACAUGAGGAAGAUGUUUCAAGAAGCUCGACUCGUCCACGCCGACCUCAGCGAGUUCAACAUGCUUUAUCACGACGGAGACGCUUACAUCAUCGACGUGUCCCAGUCGGUGGAGCACGAUCAUCCUCACGCUCUGGAGUUCCUCAGGAAGGACUGCAGCAACGUGAACGAGUUCUUUCUGAAGCGCGGUGUGGCGGUGAUGACGGUCAGAGAGCUGUUUGACUUCAUCACCGACCUGUCCAUCACCUGCCACAACAUCGACCAGUACCUGGAGAAGGCGAUGGAGAUUGCAGCUGACCGGACGUCUGACCAGAGAUCAGAUCAGGAUCGAGUGAACGAGGAGGUGUUUAAGAACACCUACAUCCCCCGAACGCUGACGGACGUGAGUCACUACGAGCGCGACGUGGAGCUGAUGAAGGAGGAGGAGUCUGUUUCCAGCCAUCACGACAACAUCUUGUAUCAGACUCUCACUGGACUGAAGAAAGAUCUGUCAGGAGUUCAGACGGUUCCUGCUCUCCUGGAGGACAAGCAUUCAUCAUCCUCCUCCUCUUCCUCUUCUGAGGAGGACGAGGACGAGGACGAGGAGGAGACAGCUGGCCAGGAGCAGAAGGAGGAAACUCCGAUGGACAAAAAGGAGAAGAAGAAGACGGUGAAAGAAGCUCAGAGAGAAAAAAGAAAAAACAAGGUCCCAAAACACGUGAAGAAGAGGAAGGAGAAGGUCACCAAGAUGAAGAAGAGCAGAUGAAUGAUGCGAUCCCAGUGAACAUGAACACGACUGAACACAAAGCAGCCAAUCACGGCUCAGCUCUGUCUCAGCUCAACGCCCACUGACUCACCCAGAUGUGGCCGAAAGCUCUGAUUGGUUGAACCACGACCUGAUGACAUCACCAUCUGCAGCAGGUGUGAACCUCAGUCAAUCGACUUCGGACACAAACUGAUUCACGACCGAUAACUUUUAAUCAGAUUCUUCUUUUGCUGCUGAAAUCAUCUGAUGUCAUAACGACAUCGUGUCCAACGUUAGGAGGCGUGUCCAGUGUGGGGGCGGAGCCACAGACGCUGUGUUCAUGAAUCUGACUGACUCGAGGUCAAAGGUCAUAGAAAGAAUCUGCAACGUAAACAUGAAAUAAAACUUUUUGUUCUCGUGA